GGCUGUGCGAAGGGGCGAGGCCUCACGGCGGCAACCUGCGUUUCCUGCCCAGCAGGUCUUGCCACAAACCCGGAAUAGCCGCAGCAGACAGAGGGGGCGGCGCCCGGGAGGGACCCGGCCUGAGCGGUGUUAGCUGAGCUUCCUUGGCAGUGUUUUUGGAACCCUGGGCGGCUGCGGGGUAGGGAGCUACUUCGCAGAGCUGUCGCAAACAUCUCUCUUCCACCUGUGACAUGCGGACAGUGCAAAGGGACUACACUGCAGGGCUGUCGUGAGCUAACCCCGGACACGGCAGCCAGAAAGCUUCGGGCGCAGAAAUGGCCGGGCAGAGAUUCCUCUUUUUCGAUUUAAAGGCGAAUUGAAGCCAAAGAAAGGAUCCUCAUCGCCCUUUACGGCAAACGUUUCUUUAUAGGACUUCUGGGGGUGCGGGGCUAAUCAGACGGGUGAGGAGAUCCAGAGGCCGACGCAGGGAUUUGCCCCGCCCACAGCCAGGUGUGCAUGACGUCACGGUUUCUUAGGAGACCCUGAGGGUUGGACUGCCAUGGCGGCAGCGGAGGACUCCCCCAGCCCCUUACGUCAGGCAGGCGGGCUGAGCUGCCCCCUGGAUUGUGAGGAGGAUGAGGAGGGUGAGGGCAGCAGCGGCAACCAUGCUGCCAAAGACCUGUCUGUGGGCUGUGAGGGUGACUUGGAGGUGAAUCCUUAUGAUGGGCUGCCCUUCUCUUCACGCUACUACGAGCUGCUGCGCCAGCGCAGAGUGCUACCCAUUUGGAACUCCAAGUUCCUCUUCAUGGAGCACCUCGAGGGGAGCAGCUCCAUUAUCUUGGUCUCUGGGGAGCCAGGAGCUGGCAAGAGCACUCAGGUGCCACAGUGGUGUGCCGAACACGCCCUUUCCCUGCAGUUUGCCCACGGCCAAGUGGUCUGCACUCAGCCUCAUAGCCUGGCUGCCCUCAGCCUGGCAUUGCGUGUGGCAGAUGAAAUGGACCUCAACGUGGGCCACGAGGUUGGCUACUGUGUCCCCUGUGAGGACUGCUGCACCUCAGAGACUCUGCUCAGGUUCUGCUCAGAUGAGGUGCUGCUGCGGGAGAUGACGUCUGACCCUCUGCUGCACCAGUAUGGCGUGGUGGUUCUGGAUGAGGCGCAGGAGCGCACGGUGCCCACGGACCUCCUCUUGGGGCUGCUGAAGGACGUCCAGCGGCAGCGCCCAGAGCUGCGCCUGGUGGUUGUGACGGAGCCCUUACUGGUGGAGCCCCUGUGCCGCUUCUGCCCCAGCGCCCCUGUGGUGCGGGUCCCAGGGCUCAGCCCAGCCCCACGCCUGGCCUACAGGGAGCCCACCCUGGGGGGCCAUGUCUCUGCCGCCUGCCAGGCUGCGCUGGAGCUUCAUAGGCAGAAGGAGGCUGGUGACAUGAUGGUCUUCCUGGCCAGCAAGCAGGAGAUUGACGCAUGCUGCGAGGCCAUCCGCACUGAGGCUGAGGCCUUGGACUCCGACCUGGGCCAGCUGCUGGUGCUGCCUCUUCACCCGGGCGUGGGGCGAGAUGUCCAGAGACUGUAUGAGACCAGCCAGGAGCAGUCGGGGGCUGUUCGGCCACGCAGGAUCAUUGUCACCCACUGGCUGGCGGACGCCGGCUUCUCUGUUGGGAGCGUCAGGCAUGUCAUUGAUGCCGGACUGGAGCUCUGCAGUGUUUACAACCCACGGAUCCGGGCUGAGUCGCAGGCGUUGCGCUCCAUAAGCAGACAGCAGGCAGAGGCUCGGCGGCUCAGGGCAGCUGGGAGCCCCCCAGGGUCAUGUCUGCGCCUCUAUUCGGACUCCUACUACGAGCAGAGCCUCCCGGCCGCUCCUCCUCCCCACAUCACAGAGGCCAACCUCAGCCGCCUGGUCCUGCUGCUGAAGAGGCUGGACAUCGCAGACAUGGGCCAGUGCGACUUUCUCGACCGGCCAGCCCCCGAGUCGCUAAUGCAGGCCCUUGAAGAUUUGGACUACUUGGCCGCCCUGGAUGACGACGGAAAUCUCUCCGAGGUGGGCAUCAUUAUGUCGGAGUUUCCUCUGGACCCCCAGCUGGCCAAGGCGCUCCUGGCCUCCUGUGAAUUUGACUGUGUCCACGAGAUGCUCACCCUGGCCGCCAUGCUGACAGCUGGGCCGUGCUUCCUGACUCCCAGCGCUCGCUGGGAGGAGGCAGUGGCAGUGCGGCAGCGGAGCCUGCUUCACCCCGCGGGGGACCACUUCACCCUUAUCAACGUCUUCAACGCCUUCCACCAGCAGAGUGACCCAGAGAACUGGUGCCGGAAACACGCGGUGCGGGAGGCAGCGCUGCGGCUGGCCGGGGUGGUUCGGGCGGAGCUGCUGGAGGCCAUGCAGCGCAUUGAGCUGCCCAUUUCCCCGCCAGCCUUUGGCACAGACAGCAACGUCCUCCGCCUGAAGCGGGCCCUCCUCUCAGGCUUCUUCCUCAAGGUGGCCCGGGACAUUGAUGGCUCUGGCAACUAUCUGCUGCUGACCCACAAGCAUGUGGCCCAGCUGCCCCCAAGCUGCUGCUACCGCCUGCGCCGCCCACCCCCACGCCCUCCCCCCUGGUUGCUCUACCAUGAGUUCACCAUCUCGCAGGAUAACUGCCUGAGCGUCGUUUCCGAGAUCCAGCCAGAAAUGCUGGCAGAGCUGGCGCCCCAGUACUACCUGAGCAACCUGCCUUCCAGUGAGAGCCGGGACCUGCUCCUGGAGCUGCGUGAGAAGCUGGCAAGGGACGCGGAGUUGCUGCUGCCAUCACCAUCUCCAGCCGCGCAGCAGGAUGAGGGGUCUCCGGCACCCAAAGGUGCUGAGGAUGGGGAGGAUGCCUGUGUGCUGCAGUGAGCCAGGACCAAGGUCGGGUCCAGAUGGAAUUCAGGUUCCAAGGAACUCCUGUGUGCAUUGGGGAAAGGAGGGCUGGGGCCUUGCCUUGCCAUUGCUGGGAAGAGCGGCUGGUGUCCCAGGGCGUGGCAGGGGCCAUUGGAAGGCCUGACAGGCAUUGGUGCCAAAGCCCCCUGCACUUUCUGGACACAGAAGAGGGGUGGGCAGGGGUGUCCGGGAGGGCUGGUCCUGCUGUGCCUAACCCAUCUUUUGCCAUUGGCUUCCUCAGGGCGGCAGAGCCUGGCUGCACUUUCUGGGACCCAUCUGUGUCUGGCAGCAGAGUGGCCAUACAGGGUGGCUGGGCCUGGCCUAGGGAGGGUGUGUGCCUUGACUCAGACUCUGCUCCCCCAGGCUUGUUUGUGAGCAAAGGUGGCAGGAGAGAGAGGAACCCAAACAGUCAGGGCCACAGAGGUUGGGCCAGGUUGGAAGUGGGGGCGGAGGUUCUGCGGUUGGGUGUGGUUAUCUGUCUCGCAAUCUUUGUUGCUGGGGGAGUAGGGAGUGGGCAAGCAGUAUGUGGUAGUGCCACAAGGGGUGCCUUUUGAGCAUAGGCUGGGCAUGGAGUGGCCUUUCUCGGCCCUCAGUGGAUGAUGUGCAGUAUCCUCUCUUGGGUCGGUGGGUUCGAGGCAGGGCUGUCUUCCUUGUUUUGUAGCCCUUGUUAGUGCUAGAUGAGUCUUAGCAGGCAGGGACGCCGCUUUCCCCCCCUUGCAGACUUGCACCGUAGCCUCGUGUUUGCCAGGGAAACCAUUUGCUGAGGGCUGCUUGCUUUCUCCUGGAACAGGCUUCCUGCAGGCUUGGGGAGGCUCUAGCAGCGAGUCUUGCUGGUUGGGUGCAAUUCCUGGCAGUCUUUGCUGAGCUCUGCCUUUAUGCCUGCCUUAUUUUGGGGGUGGGGGCUGUGAAAUGGCCCUUGAUGUUUAGCUGAUACAGCAGAGCUUUUUAUGGACUCUUUUUACAAGGGAGUGGUGUAUUUUCCUUUCUGUGAGAACAUUAUCCUCAGGUGAAAGCAUUGUUCCUGAGCUGUUACCUGUGUAGGCAGAUCAUGUGGGAACAUGCACAUCUUCUGCCAUCAGUACCAUUCACUGGGUGCGCCUCUGGCACCAGAAAGAAUCUCCCUUCUUUCUGGCCUAGAAUAUGAUUCACCAAGCAGAAUUAAAACCUUUGAAACACUGAAA